ACGAGCACAACUGUUGCGUCUCCCAGCAUUUUUGUGUGUAAUAAAAGAACACACAGAUUAAAUCUGAAAAGCGUACAAGAAAACCAACAACCAACAGAAUGGAAUGGCAUUCCAAAUAAUCCACACUCUUCUCUGGCUGGAGGUGCUGACUCCUGGAUUCCAGUGAAAGGAAGGGGGGGUUGUGAUCCUAAGGAGAGGCCCGUCUGCAGCAGCGGCGUCCCCCGGGAGAGAUGUCCGGGAAAGGCUGCACCAGCAACAGCGUGGUUCAGGCGCGGCGUGUGCUGGAGCAGCUGAGGGUGGAGGCUGGCAUGGAGAGGAUAAAGAUCUCCAUUGCAGCGUCACAGCUGGUGCAGUACUGCCAGGAGCACAGCCGCAGUGACCCCCUCCUCACCGGCAUCGCCACCUCUGCAAACCCCUUCAAGGACAAGAAGACCUGCGUGCUGCUGUAGGACCAUUUCCACCAUGCAACCCGGGCAUCCUGAACAACAGCUACCUCAGCUACAACAGCCUAAACCACUCCCACUAGCACAUUCUUUACACUCCACCCUACAACGUUCCUACCAGCACAUUCCCUACACUCCUCCCUAAACCACUCCCACCAGAGGAUUCCCUACACUCUAAACCACUCCCACCAGAGGAUUCCCU